AUGUGGGUUGUUUAUUCGGUUGCUGCAGCUGGCUUCCUGUGCGCUAUCAUCGCGUGGCACCGUCAUUCGCGCCGCGACGCCAAUGAGCUCCCAGAGGGCCCUCGGUGUUACCCCUUACUAGGCAUGCGCUUGCUAACACACCCCGAGCGAACACUUCACAGAUGGGCCCAGGAUUAUGGGUCGCUUUACUCUUUCACAAUCGGCAACCAGCGCUUUGUCGUAGUGUCAGAUCCGGAAAUUGCGAAGUUUUUCUUAUCCAGUAGAGGUUCCAUCUGCUCUGACCGCAAAAAAAUGUUUGUCGAGAACCACACUAUAUUCAAGGGCAGAGAUAUCAUGUCUAACCCAUACGGAGACACCUGGCGCAGGAAUCGCAAGCUGGCGACGAUCUCGUUGGGCCGGCAAGACAUCAACCAGCAAAUCGGCGUUCUCGAUUCGCAAACAACAAAAAUGAUCCGAACACUGUACACGGAUGGUGCAAAUGAGGAGCGCCUGCACCCCCAAAUUGCCAUCAAACGCUGCUCGCUCAGUUGCAUAAGCGCCAUCACAUUCGGCUCUUCCGAGAUUUCUGUCGCGCAUUCCCAAGUUCUAGCCCUCUCGCGUGAGUUCAUGAACAUAACCGGCCCCAUGUCCAAUCUAGUUGACUUUGUACCUGUAUGGCUACAAAACUACCUACCCUGGAAAAAGAAACUUCGCGGAAAAAAAUUGCACGCAUCGCUCAUGGAUACAUACGGUCGCGAGGUGAAGCGCGUUGAGUACGACAUGGAGAACGAUGUGUAUGUCGGAGAGUGCUUGGUUAAGACCAUGAUCACCAGGAAGAACAAGGAUCAAUUAGACGAUUUAGACAUGAUUAUGAUGGCUUCAGAGUUCAUGCUGCACGGUUUGGAGGCUACUACAUUGAUCAUAGAAUGGUUUAGUGCGCUAAUAUCCUCCCAUGCCGACGUCCAACGCAAAGCUCAUCAAGAACUCGACCGCAUCGUUGGCCGCAGCCGCCUUCCUAACUUAGAGGACGAGGCUAAUUUACCUUAUUGCCGGGCCAUCGUUAAGGAAGUGGAGCGAUGCCAUAAUCCAUUCUGGCAAGGCAUUCCACAUGCGACCAGCAAAGACCUUGUAUACAACGAUAAGCUCAUUCCAGCCAGGUCAGUCUUAGUGUUGAACACAUGGAGUAUGCAUCAUGAUCCAGAUAGAUGGCUCGAUCCCUACAAAUUUAAUCCUGACCGUUAUCUUGACGACCACCUUUCCUCGGCCGAGUCUGCAAGACGGAACAAUCCGCGUCUGCGCGACCACUGGACCUUUGGCGCUGGCCGGCGCAUCUGCCCCGGGAUGCACGUUGCACAACGUCAAAUCUGGCUCGCCGUAACGAAGAUGCUUUGGGCAUUUGAACUGCAAGAGGUGCCAGACCAGUCUGUUGACCUGGAAGAGUACGAUGAUGGAAGUGGACGGAGCCCUCUCCCGUUUAAGAUUAAACUUCGGCCUAGGUUCAAGGAGGUUGACAAAGUGAUCACUGAAGCCGACACAUCUUGGAAUUAG